AGUUAUUAAUAAUGCUUGGGGUCCGGUGAUGCUUCCUUAUGAUAUCCAUGGUACGCGCACAAGCGCAGUUUACCCUGUCACGAAUACUUUUUAUGUCUCUCCCGAACAACAUUCACGGAUUUUGAGGUCAUGCAUGUCAAAGCCGAAGCCUGAUACACCAGAGGAUCAAUUACCAAUUACAUACCGUCUGAUUUGCCGAAAAUCAAAUUGUAUGAACCACGAGAAUAUGUGCGAUUGGCCUGAUGAAAGUAUACAUGUAUUUGAAGUACUCAUAAAUUCCACGUCGGUGAAAUUGCAUCGCAAAAGAUCCUACUAUGAUCGAGAUAAUUACGAACACUAUGAGGGAAAUGACAGUUCCGUCGAAGUUUCGAACUUGAUCGUUGCCGGUGUAAACAAAGUUGGAAUCAAGCAGUGUUCCUGUGAUGGUUGCUACAAGAAGCUGAAUGAUCACGUACUUUCUAUCGAAGUGCAACUUCGAGAAACGCGUGAUGUUAUCUUGUAUUGGGCUAGAUCUCAGCUAAUAUCAGAAGCCGUCGGAAAAGCGCUUGUUCGACAAUUGACCAACGUUCAGACGUAUUCAGGUGAUGACGAACUAAUCGUGACAAGCAAUCUGACCAUAGACUUGAGGUGUCCAUAUACUUUUACACGAAUCAAAGAACCCGCCCGCGGUCUGAACUGUCGUCACCUAUCAUGCUUCGAACUUUGUAAUUUUGUUGACGCC